UGUUUACUCUAGAUCUUCACAGGCAACCUCUUUUGAGCAAUUACACCACUAACAUGGCCACUCCGAACAUGAACUCUGUCCCACCGACAGUGGUACCUCACGUCAACCGCCUCCUUGGUGCUCAUGUUCUCGUAUUCGGCGGCUCGUCUGGGAUUGGAUUUGCGGUAGCCAGUAUGGCGCUGUCAUAUGGAGCCACAGUUGUUAUCUCUGGCUCACAACAGGCCAAAGUUGACAGCAAAGUACAACUCCUACGAUCUCUGUAUUCCCCGACAUCCCCGGAAAAGGUCUCGGGCCAUGCGAUCGAUCUCAUGGAUUCCGAGAACCUCGAAGCGGGAUUGCAGUCAAUGCUCGAAACGGUGACACGGAAAGGCAGCAACAAGCUAGACCAUAUAGCGUUUACAGCAGGAGACCACCAUUCGUUGCCCAAGCUCUCUGAUAUCACCCUAGAGGAGGCCAUGCUUGGUUCCAAAGUCCGGCUUAUUGCACCCUUGUUCAUCGCCAAACUCGUCAGUACCGGGAGGUAUAUGCCUCUUUCGUCCGACUCUUCAUUUACGCUCACGGGAGGAAUCGGGACCACCAAACCGCUGCCUGGAUGGCUCAUGCCUACAGUAUGGGGAGCGUCUGCAGAAGGAUUGUCGCGUGGGCUUGCGGUAGACCUCGCACCGCUCCGUGUGAACAUCGUCAAGCCCGGCGCAGUCAAUACAGAAAUGCUGCAAGGGUUGCUCGACACAAUACCCACAGAGGCAAAAGAACACAUGAAGAAAAACCUUAAUCUACUGGGUACUUUUGGUCGACCGGAAGAUAUUGCUGAGUCGUAUGGUUGGAUCAUGAAGGACCGAUUUGUAACGGGGAUCGAGGUACCUGUGGACGGUGGCCAGGUACUUUUGAGCAAGUAACGAGGAAAUAGUGCUCGAUGUUCUUGGUAGAAUCUGCAUGUUCCUGCAAAUACGCUCAAAAGUGAAAUGAUCAGGUGAACCAUACCCACGCUUGGCUAUACAGAAC